AUGCUUGAAAAAUUCUCCUCCCACUUUGAACUUGCCGUGACAUGGAAGAGGGAAAUCACAACAUUUCCUGCCAUGACAGAAAAAUUUGACCUGCCAAUGGCAGAUUACAACCAGCCCAAGCUUCUUUAUUGCAGCAAUGGUGGUCAGUUCCUGAGGAUCCUUCCAGAUGGCAAAGUGGAUGGCACCAGGGACAGGAAUGACAACCACAUUCAGUUACUGCUCAGCACAGAAUAUUUUGGUGCAGUGUACAUAAAGGGCAUCGGAUCUGGAUUGUACUUAGCUAUGGAUGUCAAUGGACGCUUACAUGGCUCGCAGUUGCCAACAGCAGAGUGCGUGUUCCUGGAAAAAUUGGAAGAAAACAAUUACAAUACUUACAAGUCAAAGAUGCACACAGAUAAGAACUGGUAUGUUGCCUUGAAGAAGAAUGGAAACAGCAAAUUGGGACCGAAGACUAAUUAUGGCCAGAAAGCAAUUCUUUUCCUUCCUCUGCCAGUAUCACCUGAUUAGAUUGCUUCUUCCCCUCCGUUAGAAAAGUUGUCCUGAACAAUUAAGCAGCCAGUGAACUUUUCCUUUUGUCCCCUUUGAUUCUUUCUCAUACUGGAAACAAACAAAAAAUGGACCACAAAGUACUUGAGAUGGAAUAUAUAUACACUGCAUCUCUAAAAUGUCCAUUCAGCCUCAACAAUUCCAUUGGCAUACCAUAGCAUUACAUACAAAAUGAAUCUGUUAACCUCACUAGAAAAGCAUUUAUCUUAGUGUAUAGUUCCCAUAGCCAUAGACAGCCUAUAACAGAGCUUCCCACUUUGAAAGUGCAUAUUCACGAGGCCCAUUUCAAGGUUAUAUAAGGUGGCUUUUAAGAAUACUUGUGUAUCACAUAGAAGCAAAAUACUUAAACUAUACAACCAUUUAAAACCAAGACUUUGUGCCAAGGGCAAAGAAAAAAAACAUAUAUAUUCAUUAUAUAUAUGUGUGUGUGUGCGUGCGUGCGUGCGUGUUAUGAAUAUUCAUAAUUAUGAAUGUAGUUUCCCACUCCCAAAUGGUUUAAAUCACACAAGCUUAUUGUGUGAUUUAUUAUUAUUAUUAUUAUGAUUCACAGCCUUUGG